AUGUCGGCGACCAUAGACCACCUCGGGUUUCCCGCCAUUGUCGAGAGCAUCAUGCACUACUCCGACUUCAAGACUCAACUCGCAUUCCGCGCAACGUCCAAGAAGUACUGCAGCUAUGUCGACAAGCUCCACUUCAAGCACGCCCUCGUUGAGGACGACUACGACCGGGACUACGAGGUCAGCUUUCCUGAGCGGGCACUGGUUGCAAUCCCGGAAGGCAACUAUCGCAUGCUUUAUCGCUCGGUCGAAGUUGUCGACGUAUAUUUAAGCGGGCGUCGUGAUCACGGUCGCAUCAAGCCUUUCAAUAGCCCGACAUCUAUUCACACCGUCCGCCGCCUGGGGUGGAGCUCGGCCCUUGCGCAAAUCGCUGUGCCUCAUCAAGUUGGCACCGUUGUCGACUUUCUACGAGUAAACAGCUAUGGCAGAGACCGCAUCGCCAUUUCCUCCUACCAAGACCGACACAUCAUUCAUUUGAAGUGGACAGAGUGUAGGGAUCGGCUUCGUCCCCACUUCACCUUCACGCUCAACAGCCCAACCAUCAACCUCAAGGAACUUGUCAUCGUGCUCUGGCCUGAGCAGCAGACCUCCGCGCUCAAUGUUCCCUUUGCGUUAUGGUCGGCCAUCAUCGACCUCGUCGAUUACCUUCGUUUCUGGGGCAAACUCAAGAUUGUCGGGCUCGAAUGGAUUGCAUUCGAGGGAGUGUCGAUUCAUUGCCCCGACGACUUCGUCUCCAAGUUCCGCUGGCAGCUCUCCGAGCUUGAAGACAUCAAAUUCGAACACAAGUAUGAUGUCGUCAAUGCCAUUACCUGUGUCACCUUUGACGAGUGGUGGAUGGAGCUCGGCCCACGCAAGGCAGUCGAAGGGCUGUGGAACCCUCUUGGCCACCGCCGGUUACAUCCAGCGUUUGACGAUGACUCUGAUGAGGACGAAUACAUGGAUGACAUCAAUUUCUACCCCCAUACCUCGGACGACUCGCACAUGAACGCCACCUACAGCACCCAUUCGCAAGAGUACGACGCACCUUUCAACUGGCAAGACGCCGUGUUCGACGAGUGGAACGGUCUUGUCGUCCCGAAUGAGGGCGACGUCCUGCAUGAUGAUCCCAGCCACGGCGAUUGGGACGCCCAGGUCUACGAGGACAACUCGGAGGAGUAUGACUGGUAUGACGAGAACUACAACGGUCACUGCUACAGCGAGGAGAUGGAAGACAUGGACAACAACUGGCUCAAGGAGAUCGUGCUCGCCCUUCAUCCCGUCGACGCGGUCCAUGAGUCGUGCCAGGAGCCCAUGUGGCCCGUUGUCAAGACGCUGAUCCCCUACCUCCGCUCCUCGGGCAGGCUCAAGAUUGUCGGUCUCGAGAAGAUCAACUUUGGAAACGGCGUCUUGACCAGCUUCAACAACACCCUGUCGACUUUCCGUGAUGAGUUAUACUACACCCUCGGGCCGCUUGCCGAAGCCGUUGAGCCGUCCAUCACGUGCAUCACUUUCGAGCAGUGGUGGGAGGAGCUCGGGAACUUGAAGGACGUACACGGGGUGUGGAACCCUCUGUUUGAGGUCAAGGGUGACCUCGAGGACUCAAUUGAGGAGGAGCGUGAUGAGGAUGAUGAGAGUGACGAGGAGUACUACUAG